UGAAUAUUUAUGAUUUGAAAGGACCAUUAAAUAUACGAUGAAAAAUAUCAUGAAAGUAUUGUAAAUAAAAUGAUAAUUUUAGAUAAUCAUGUUAUGUAUUGGAUUAUUAUAAGUGUCGUGUAAUUGAGCAUGAAUAAUGUGAAAUGUGCUUGUCAUUAUUAUAUCGCAAUAACCUGUGAUCAUUUAUUACACUAUCUAAAAUAAAUAUAACGAUAACCCAAGUUGUACAUGAGAAUAAGAUUUGAGAAAAUAUUUUGCUUUAAGAAAAUAAACUGAUUGUGUAAAAUGUAUAUAACCAAAGGGAAUACAAUAAUACUGUGAAGUAUUUUUUAGAUCAUGCAAACAUAACCUUACAUUUCGGGAAAAAUAUGAAAUUAGUUGAGGCAAGAAUCUCUGAGACAACGCAUUAAUAGAGUAUAAUUUACCUAACGAUUAUUAUUGAGAUAAUGUACUGUAUGCGCUUUAAUGGAUAAAAAUUAUAUUCGACAUAAGAAAACAACGCGAAAAAAAAUGUGCGACAAGUAUGUCAUCGGUUACUCGAUAUCCGAAAAAAAGCGACAAAAAUUUAAUUGGAAUGACUUUUGUAGCGUUUGUGAGUCUGAAGGGUUUCUAUUAAAAAUGAUUGAUAUAAACUCUGAUCUUGAACCUCAGGGACCAUUCCAUGUUUUUAUAUACAAAAUGACAGACAAACUAGCACAUGCUGAAUAUGGUGAUCAAUAUGCCAAAGCAAUUAUCUCAAGAAUGAAAGAAUACUUCUACCAACAUCCUGAAAUAAUAGUUAUCGACCCUUUGGACAAUAUUAGGAUUUUAAUAAAUCGUUAUAAAUCGUAUGAAAUCUUACAAGAACAGCUACAACUCGAUGGGGUAUUUACUCCGAGGUUUGUAGAAAUUAAAGGUACAAAUGCUAUUGAGAAUAUAUCACUGUUAAAAAUGGCAGGUAUUAAGUUCCCAUUUCUUUGUAAACCACUUGUGGCUCAGGGUUCCAACGAUGCACAUAAGAUGAUGGUGAUUUUUAAUGAAGGGGGUGUGAAGGAUUGUCAGCCUCCUUGUGUGGCUCAACAAUUUAUUAACCAUAAUGCAAUUCUUUAUAAGAUAUAUAUAGUUGGAGAAAACUUUCAUGUAGUCGAAAGACCUAGUUUCAAAAACUUUUAUGAAGAAGACUGUACUGCAUUAAACACAAUAUUUUUUAGUUCUCAUGAUAUAUGUAAGAGCGAUUCGAGGUCUAAAUGGUCAAUUCUGACAGAGGAAGACAUUCCAUUAACUGUAAAACCGAAACAUGAAAUACUAAAGAAGAUUGUUAAGAGAGUUACAGAACUUUUUGGAUUGCUUUUGGUUGGUGUGGAUGUUGUUAUUGAAAAUCAUACCGAAAGAUAUGCGAUCAUAGAUGUAAACAUGUUUCCUGGGUAUGAUAGUUAUCCUAAUUUCUUUGAACAAUUAAUAAGCUGCAUAAAGAAGCUAUCAAUUGAAAACAGAGAUUUGCAGCAGCAUUCUAAAAUUUAUACACUAAAAAAGUGUUUAAGCGAUGACUUGGAUUCUGGCUUUGAAAGCGACGAAAAGAAAAAAUAUUCUACAAAAAAUAAAUAAUAUAAAUAACAAGAAAAUGAAGGAGAUUAAUAAAUAUAUCAAACUGAUAUUCCAGUUCACUAUAUUGUAACAAGUACAAAGUGAUAUCAUUUGAUGAAGCAAUGUAUGCUUUUUUUAUAAUGAUUUAUUUUAUGUUUACCCUUGAUGGUAUUUGAAACUGUUAUAGCAGAUCUGCGUUUUGUGACCUCGCUACUUUCUAACAUUUUUGGGUUGUUUGUUCAUGGUACAUAGUUAUAAUAGGGAAAGAUUAAUUUUGUUUAUUAACUAUAUUGACAUUUUUUUUAAUAAAUUUUGCCCAUUAUGGUAAGAAACGCAUGACUGCCAAAGAAUAUUUUGUACUUUUCACUUGUAUACUAUAUUUGCAUAAAUGGUUGAAUAAAACACCUCUGGGAUUAAUAUAUGUAA